UUUGGCUGUGCGUUGUGUUUUUCUAAGCGAUGGCGUCUGGCGGUGAUACUGAAAGGGUUGAAGUAGUAGAAAAUGGCCAUUCUUCCGGCGAUGUUCCCGUAGAAACUGCUCAAGAAGAUAUGGCUGAGUCUAACUGUGAUCAAGUUAUUACUAGUUUUGAUUUUAUGGGUUUAAAAAAACUACUCUUGCAUGGGAUUUACAGUCACGGUUUCGAGAAACCUUCUUUUAUACAGCAAAGAGCUAUUGUUCCGUGCAUUUCGGGCGCUGAUGUCAUAGCUCAGGCCCAGUCAGGUACGGGUAAAACUGCUACUUUUUCGAUCGCAAUCCUUCAGCGCAUUGACGAAAACCUUAGAAAAACUCAAGCUCUUGUUUUAGCGCCAACUCGUGAGUUAGCUAAUCAAAUUCAGUCCGUCGUUUUGGCGCUUGGAAAAGAUAUGAAUAUAAUAGCUCACGCGUGCAUUGGAGGCACUGAUUGGAGGAAUGACGCUGCUGCUUUUAAAAGCGGAGUUCAUGUGGUUGUAGGAACACCUGGCCGCGUGUACGACGUUAUUAAUAAUCGGCGCCUCUUACAAUUGGACCAUUUGUUGAUGUUUGUUUUGGAUGAGGCCGACGAGAUGUUGUCGCUGGGAUUUCGCGAUCAAAUUAAACAAGUUUAUAGUUGUCUUCCUUCCGAUGGGGUGCAAAUUAUUCUUCUUUCUGCCACUAUCCCUGCAGAAGUUAUAGAAGUUACUAAAGCCUUUAUGAAGGAUCCAAUACGUAUAUUAGUAAAAAAGGAUCAACUUACUUUAGAAGGAAUUAAACAAUAUUUUGUUUACUGCGAAAGAGAAGAGUACAAGUUUGAAACUCUUGUGGAGAUUUAUGAAACCAUUACCAUCACGAAGGCCGUUAUUUUUGUUAAUAAACGGCGAACCGUGGAUGAACUGGUCCACCGUCUCAGAGCGAAAGAUUUCACCGUUGCGGCCAUUCACGGCGUCCUUCCAGCGGAGGAGCGAAAAAAAAUCAUGGAUAACUUCCGUUCCGGGCCUACACGUGUCCUUAUUACCACCGACUUGCUGGCACGUGGAAUUGAUGUCCAACACGUGAGCCUCGUUAUUAAUUAUGAUUUGCCAACUAAUCGAGAAAAUUAUAUUCACAGAAUUGGGCGUUCAGGGCGUUUUGGACGGAAAGGCGUUUCUAUUAACUUUGUUACUCGCGAUGAUCUCGAAGAUAUGAAGGAAUUGGCUAGAUUUUAUAAUACUCAAUUGGAAGAGCUUCCAAGUAAUAUUGCUGAUAUUGUAUAAAUAAAUAUAUUUCAUUCGGUA